CGAGGCUUGGCUAGGCAGGCGGAAGAAGCCCUGCUGUUUUGGUCACAUUCUGUCGAUAGGCAGAAAAUCGAGGAAUGGAGACAGAAAAUCGCAAGCUGAUCUUUGAGAAGGAGGGGGUUUACCUUCACACAAAUGCCAAGAGGAGUAACCAAGACACAACUAUUCCUGGAUUCAUCCGUAUUGUAGAGAAGGAUGGAGAGUCAGUAUUGGAGUGGAGCCCUGUUCAGGAUGAUGGGAAAAACGCACCUGCUGUCUUUUAUGCCAAAAAGGAUGGGGAAGGAGGAGAGGAGGAAACCAACUUUGACCCGGGGUAUGAGCCAGACUGGGCCGUUAUCGGCACAGUGAAGCAGAACCGAGAAAAAGAGAAAACACCCGUCAGAGACACAGGUCAUUGGGGCUCGUUCUCGCUGCCUCUGUCGGAGCUGUACUCCCUGCGUCGUGCUCGCUUCUCUCUGGGCAGGAACUUCAUGGUGUUGACUAGUCGAGGGGGUGACCCCCUACCCCCGCUGCACUUCCACCGGGGCGGCACCAGAGAGCUGUUCCGCGCCAUGCAGAGAUACAUCAGACUCGUCCCGUCUCCUGUGGAUGGACGCCUGUUCCUGGCGUAUCCUCAUGACUCUGGCGCCCUCUCCCAGUCAUUUGAUGAGCUGCAGCUCUUUGAUGAUGGCAGUUCAGACCUGGUCUCAAGGUUCAUUCAGGACCCCUACGCAACCACAUUUGGGGGAUUCUCCAAGGUGACAAAUUUCUUUAGGGGGGCACUGAGACCCCCAGAAUCACCACUACACUCCCGCUCACCACCAGAACCAAACUCAGCCCACCCACCUGAUGACGAGCCAGGCUUUGAGCUCAUAACCUGUCAGGGGGCAGAGUUGGGACCCCGGCCAAAGGUGACCAGGGGCCAGCCUCUGGAUAACUGGGAGCAGUUUCUCGACCCGGAGGGGCGCGUCACAGAUCCACAGAAAGUCAAGGAACUGGUGUUCAGAGGGGGCAUCAUUCCAUCUCUGCGGAAAGAGGUGUGGAAAUUCCUUCUAGGCUUUUAUCCCUGGAACAGCACAGCCAAAGAGAGGGAGGAUAUUAUUCGGGUGAAAACGGAUGAGUAUUUCAGGAUGAAGGUUCAGUGGAAAUCGGUUAGUGAAGAGCAAGAGAUGAGAAACUCCCUCCUGAGAGGAUACCGCAGUCUCAUUGAGCGGGACGUUAAUCGCACAGACAGACAAAAUUCCUUCUUCUCUGGAAAUGAAAACCCGGGCCUGAAGCUUCUCCACGAUGUACUGAUGACCUACUGCAUGUACAACUUUGACCUGGGUUAUGUGCAGGGUAUGAGUGACCUCCUGGCCCCUCUUCUCUUUGUCACCCAGAAUGAAGUGGAGUCCUUUUGGUGUUUGACCGGGUUUAUGGACCUAGUGCACAAGAACUUUGAAGAGUCGCAGGAGGCCAUGAAGCAGCAGCUUCUUCAGCUCAGCCUUUUACUGAAAGCACUGGACCCUGAGCUCUGUGACUACCUGGAUUCUCAGGACAGUGGAUCUCUGUGUUUCUGCUUCCGCUGGCUGCUCAUCUGGUAUAAGAGAGAGUUUUCCUUCGAGGACAUCCUGAACCUUUGGGAGGUUCUAUGGACACGUCUUCCUUGUGAAAAUGUCCACCUGCUGAUGGCCUGCGCAAUCCUGGAGUCUCAGAGGGGGGAGCUGAUUGGAUCGAACCAUGAUUUUAACACAAUACUGAAGCAUAUUAAUGAGCUGAACAUGAAGCUGGAUCUGCAGACAGUGCUGCAGGGGGCAGAGGGCAUCUACCUGCAGCUUGCCCAGUGCAAGGAGCUGUCGGUAAAGGUGCAGGAGGUUCUGGGGCUGUACGUCGCGUCCAGCUCAGAGGAGGGGAGUCCAGAUUUAGAGCCCAAAGAGACGGACACUCUGCUCAGCCAGGCCGAGGCCAGAGGAGCAUCGUCCUGUCAGACCAGCAGCAGCUAUACAGCAUCCCCCCGCCCCCCACCAACCUACCCCUAAUUUCCUUAACACUACCAGGAAUGUUCAGUGUUCUCCCAACUCAUCUUUAUCUGUUUGUGUGCUACAUCUGUAAUGUUACGGAGCCCC